AUGGAUAGUGUUAGUUACGAGGAGAAACUAAGCUCCUACUUAAAGCAGGGUGGUAAGUCAUUCAAGGGUAAAAUGAACGAAAAUGGUUUUGCCAGUGUGAACUCAAAUGGGCAGAAUUCCUCUCAUCAUUUACAUGACAGUGUUGAAAAACCGUCCUCAGGAUCUAGUUCUCAUAUGCCACAUGGAAGGAAAAGUAGAAAGCUUGGAAGGUGUACUUUGUUGGUUCGUGGUUCUAAACAGGGGGCAAACUCAGAAAGUGAUGGCUAUGUUCCAUAUACUGGAAAAAGAACAUUGCUUUCCUGGCUGAUUGACUCUGGAACUGUGCAGUUGAGCCAAAAGGUGCAGUAUAUGAAUCGUCGAAGGACUAAAGUAAUGCUGGAAGGUUGGAUUACAAGAGAUGGCAUUCACUGUGGUUGCUGUAGUAAAAUCCUAACAAUCUCAAAAUUUGAGAUUCAUGCGGGAAGCAAAUUGCGCCAGCCAUUUCAAAAUAUAUGUUUGGAUUCUGGGGUUUCCCUUCUGCAAUGUCAGAUAGAUGCAUGGAAUAGACAAGAGGAUAUUGAACGCAUCGGUUUCCACUCUGUACAAGUUGACGGUGAUGAUCCUGAUGAUGAUACUUGUGGCCUCUGUGGAGAUGGUGGGGAUUUGAUCUGUUGUGAUAGCUGUCCAUCAACAUUUCAUCAGAGCUGCUUGAAUAUACAGAUGCUUCCUCCAGGUGAUUGGCACUGUCCAAAUUGUACAUGCAAAUUUUGUGGGAUAGCAAGUGAGAAUGUUGCUGAAGAGGAUGAUACAACUGUUUCUGCACUGCUCACUUGCAGCCUCUGUGGAAAAAAAUGUCACAUAUCAUGUAGUCAGGAAAUGGAUGCUAGUCCUGCUGAUUCUCCUUGUUUAGGCUCUUCCUUCUGUGGACAGAAAUGCAGAGAGCUCUUUGAGAAUUUGAAGAAGUAUCUUGGGGUCAAACAUGAACUAGAAGCAGGAUUUUCAUGGACACUUGUUCAUAGAACAGAUGAAGAUCAAGGGUUUCCUCAAAGAGUCGAAAGCAAUUCUAAGCUCGCUGUUGCUUUGACUGUUAUGGAUGAAUGUUUUUUGCCUAUUGUUGACAGGAGGAGUGGGAUCAAUUUAAUUCAUAAUGUUCUUUAUAAUUGUGGAUCGAACUUCAAUCGGCUGAACUACGGUGGAUUCUACACCGCUAUCUUAGAGAGAGGUGAUGAAAUAAUUUCUGCGGCAUCUAUCAGGUUUCACGGUACAAAGUUAGCAGAGAUGCCAUUCAUUGGAACUCGUCACAUAUAUAGGCGACAAGGGAUGUGCCGUCGGCUUUUUUAUGCCAUUGAAUCGGCUCUAUGCUCUCUAAAGGUUGAGAAAUUGAUUAUCCCUGCAAUUGCGGAACUCAUGCAUACAUGGACAGAAGUUUUUGGUUUUAUUUCUAUUGAGGAAUCGUUCAAGCAAGAAAUGAGGUCGAUGAAUAUGUUAGUGUUCCCUGGUAUAGACAUGCUACAGAAGUUGUUAGCAGAUCAAGAAAAUGAGGGGAACAUGACAGCCAACACAGAUUUAAAGCAAGUGGAUUGCGAAGGCAAGGAUUGUAUAAAGCCUGGGGGCGGAAGGAAAUCAGACAUUGGUUCUCCGGCUAGUCUUGAUGGUCAUGGGUCUGAUGAAGCUGGUUUGCAUCCUAUCAAUGAAACAGUUGAUGAAGCUGCUGCUACGGAUUCUGGUUCACGACGUAUCCGUGUCUCCUUAAAUGAUACUCCUGUGAUGAGUGGUUCUUUAGAUGCUUCUGAUGAACGUAAAAAUUUAGAUUCCACUGAAAGGAGUAUAUCUUCUGACUCUGCUUCAGGGGCUGAAUUAGCUGGAUCUACUUUUGACAAGGAAUUCCCUCCUAUUAAUACAAGCCAUGAAGCUCUAGAGACAGAAAAUAAACCAGCUCUGGAUUCUCCUGUUGAAGAUAAAAUGCAGUCUACCUCUCAGGGGGCUGGUGCUUCUUUAAAUAACACUUCCAUGUUGAGUAGUAGGUCGUCAGAUGCUUCUAAUGAACGUAACAUUCAGGUUUCAAACAAGGGAACUACAUCUUCUGACUCUGAUUCAGAAACCAAGUCAGCAGAAUACGCUUCUGAUGCAAAAUGCCAGUCUCACCCUGAUACAGGCCACGAUAAAAAAGUGGAAAUAGAAUCCAUUUUGGAUUCUUCUCUGAAAGAAAACUCUUCAAAGUCUUUGGAAGAAGGUGCUUUGGAUGAUUCCUGCGAAGAUGAUUCCCAUGAAGAGAAUGUUGAUGUUGCCUGUCUUGAGCCUAUUAACUCUUCAGGAGAAACUUUUGCGAAGAACACCCCGGAGGAAGCUAAUGGAAAUCAAGAUUCCAGUUUCUGUGAUGCUAAUGAGAGUUCCUUGCCAAAUAAAUGUGAUUUGGAUAUUCAGUUUGAUCGUGAGACUAAAAACGAAUCAUGCGUGGCUUCAGAAGUUGCUUCCGAUGCAAUGGAUUGUGAAAAGAGCCUUCCUCAAGUAUCUAGUGAUGGUUCCAGGACUGAUUCCGGGAAGGCUGAAUCUGGUUCUGUUUGA